GCCGCCUCGCUCGCCGCCUCCGCCCGCAGCCGCUGCGCCAUCCAUGGGGGCCGUGGGCCGCGGCUGCCCCGGGACGGCCUGGGCGCUGCUGCUGCUGCUGGGGCUGCUGCUGCUGCUGCCGCCGCCGCCGCCGACCGCCGCCGUCCCGCGCCGCCCCGGCCGCGCCCCGGGGCCGCCGGAGGAUGUGGACGAGUGUGCCCAAGGACUAGAUGACUGUCACACCAAUGCCAUCUGUCAGAAUACACUCACCUCCUACAAGUGCUCCUGCAAGCCUGGCUACCAAGGGGAGGGCAGGCAGUGUGAGGAUAUUGAUGAAUGUGAAAAUGAACUCAACGGAGGCUGUGUCCAUGACUGUUUGAAUAUUCCAGGCAAUUAUCGCUGUACUUGUUUUGAUGGCUUCAUGUUGGCUCAUGAUGGUCAUAAUUGUCUUGAUGUGGACGAGUGCCUGGAGAACAAUGGUGGCUGCCAGCACACCUGUGUAAACGUCAUGGGGAGCUACGAGUGCCGCUGCAAGGAGGGAUUUUUCCUGAGUGACAAUCAGCACACAUGCAUUCACCGCUUGGAAGAGGGUCUGAGCUGCAUGAAUCAGAAUCAUGGCUGUAGUCACAUCUGCAAGGAGGCCCCGAGGGGCAGCGUCGCCUGCGAGUGCAGGCCUGGCUUCGAGCUGGCCAAGAACCAGAGAGACUGCAUCUUGACCUGUAACCAUGGAAACGGUGGGUGCCAGCACUCCUGUGAGGACACUGCUGAUGGCCCCGAGUGUAGCUGCCACCCACAGUACAAGAUGCAUGCAGAUGGGAGGAGCUGCCUUGAGCGAGAGGAUGCUGUCCCGGAGGUGACGGAGAGCAAUGCCACAUCAGUGGUGGAUGGCGAUAAACGGGUGAAGCGGCGGCUGCUCAUGGAAACCUGUGCUGUCAACAAUGGAGGCUGCGAUCGCACCUGUAAGGAUACUUCAACAGGUGUUCACUGCAGCUGUCCUGUUGGAUUUACUCUCCAGCUGGACGGGAAGACCUGUAAAGAUAUUGAUGAAUGCCAGACCCAUAAUGGAGGUUGUGAUCAUUUCUGCAAAAACACUGUGGGUAGCUUUGACUGCAGCUGCAAAAAAGGAUUUAAAUUAUUAACAGAUGAGAAGUCUUGCCAAGAUGUGGAUGAAUGCUCUUUGGAUAGGACCUGUGACCAUAGCUGCAUCAACCACCCUGGCACAUUCACAUGUACUUGCAACAAAGGGUAUACCCUCUAUGGCUUUACCCACUGUGGAGACACCAACGAGUGCAGCGUCAACAAUGGGGGAUGUCAGCAGGUCUGUGUGAACACGGUGGGCAGCUACGAAUGCCGAUGCCACUCAGCAUACAAGCUCCACUGGAAUAAAAAAGACUGUGUGGAAGUGAAGGGGGUCCUGCCCACUAGCAUGUCACCCCAUGUGUCCCUGCAUUGCGGUAAGAGUGGCGGAGGAGACAGGUGCUUCCUCAGAUGUCACUCUGGCAUUCACCUCUCUUCAGGACUGCAAGAGACCUACUCAGUCACCUGCGGCUCUUCCUCUACUCUCAGGAGCAAACAGCAAAAAUCAAAUGAUUCUGCUUUUGGGGAUGUCACGACCAUCAGGACAAGUGUAACCUUUAAAGUAAAUGAAGGCAAGUGUAGUUUGAAAAAGGCUGAGCUGUUUCCCGAGGGUCUGCGACCAGCACUACCAGAGAAGCACAGCUCAGUAAAAGAGAGCUUCCGCUACGCAAACCUUACAUGCAGCUUCAGCAAGCAAGUCCCGGGAGCCCCUGGCCGCCCAAGCACCACUAAGGAAAUGUUUAUCACUGUUGAGUUUGAACUUGAAAUUAACCAAAAGGAGGUGACAGCUUCUUGUGACCUGAGUUGCACCAUAAAGCGGACAGAGAAGCGGCUCCGGAAAGCUAUCCGUGUGCUCCGGAAGGCAGCCAACAGGGAGCACUUUCACCUCCAGCUCUCAGGCAUGGAACUUGAAGGGGCAAACAAGUCUCCCAGAACAUCUGAACACCAACUAGAGUCCUGUGGAGUGGGCCAGAGCCACGCAGGAAACCAAUGUGUCAGUUGCAGGGCUGGGACAUAUUAUGAUGGAGUGCAAGAACGCUGCAUGUGUCCAAAUGGAACCUUCCAAAAUGAGGAAGGACAAAUCACAUGCGAACCUUGCCCAAGAUCAGAAAAUCCUGGAGCCCUGAAGACUCCAGAAGCUUGGAAUGUAUCGGAAUGUGGAGGUCUUUGCCAACCUGGUGAAUAUUCUGCAGAUGGUUUUGCACCCUGCCAGCUCUGCGCCCUGGGCACAUUCCAGCCUGAGGCUGGCCGUACUUCCUGCUUCCCCUGUGGAGGAGGGCUCCCCACCAAACACCUGGGAGCCACUUCCUUCCAGGACUGUGAGACCAGAGUUCAAUGUUCACCUGGACAUUUCUACAACACCACCACUCACCGAUGUAUCCGUUGCCCAGCAGGAACAUAUCAGCCUGAAUUUGGAAAAAAUAACUGUGUUUCUUGCCCAGGAAAUACUACCACUGACUUUGAUGGCUCCACAAACAUAACCCAGUGUAAAGACAGAAGAUGUGGAGGAGAGCUGGGAGAUUUUACCGGAUACAUUGAAUCCCCAAACUACCCAGGCAAUUACCCAGCCAACACCGAGUGUACAUGGACCAUCAACCCACCACCCAAGCGCCGAAUCUUGAUCGUGGUCCCUGAGAUCUUCCUGCCCAUAGAAGAUGACUGUGGAGACUACCUGGUGAUGCGGAAAACCUCUUCAUCUAAUUCUGUGACAACAUAUGAAACCUGCCAGACCUACGAACGCCCCAUCGCCUUCACCUCCAGAUCAAAGAAGCUGUGGAUUCAGUUUAAGUCCAAUGAAGGGAACAGUGCCAGAGGCUUCCAGGUCCCUUAUGUGACUUAUGAUGAGGAUUACCAGGAACUCAUUGAAGACAUAGUUCGAGAUGGCAGGCUCUAUGCAUCUGAGAACCAUCAGGAAAUACUAAAGGAUAAGAAGCUGAUCAAGGCCCUGUUUGACGUCCUGGCCCACCCCCAGAACUAUUUCAAGUACACAGCCCAGGAAUCCCGGGAGAUGUUUCCAAGGUCCUUCAUCCGAUUGCUCCGUUCCAAAGUGUCCAGGUUCUUGAGGCCUUACAAAUGAGCCCACCCCCAUGCCACUUAGUGCCACGUUCCACCCCAGUGCUGCAGGGACGCAGCCGUCUGCCUCUGCGGCCAACAUGGUUGGAUAUUGCUGUCUCUGGGAGCAGUGGCCCACUAGAGUUCAACUUUUAUAGAUAAUACAGAUAUUUUGGUAAAUUGAACUUGGUUUUUCUUUCCCAGCAUUGUAGACGUGGACUGAGAAUGGCGGUGAGUUCCACUGCAUCUCACUGCUGGGGGCAGAUGUCUUGGAUGCGUCAAGGGCUGGCUGAGCUGGACUUUAGUCAGCUCAGGUGAGACUCACCUGUCCUUCCUGGUUCUCACUCCUCCUCACGGUGGAAUGGAGGCCACAGAAGGGGCUGUCUUGUCUGAAAUUUCAGUUUCCUCCUGCCCAGCUCCCAGCCCCAAAGGAGCCCUCUGUACCCAGGCUGUGACCGGGCAGAGCUGGAAAGGAGGGAGGGAGGAGGGUGCGGAGGGCGAGCCCCCGGAAACCUGGGAGGAUUCCAUUGCCCCAUAGCCUCCUCCAGCCUAUGUGACCUAAGUCUGAUUCCAGGAGCUUGGGUUCUAAGCAGCGAUCAUUUAAAAAAAAAAAAAAAAA